AUGCCUGGUUUAGUCAAAUCCGGUUCCACGCUCGCCGAGCCGAUCGUUGACCAGGCAAUAUUCCCAGAUGGCAUCAAAACCUCAGGCCAACAUGCACCGGUCUACUCAGACAUUCGCCCAUACGAGGACUUUCCGAAAGAGAUAACAGGUAUCACAGCAUGGGAUGCCAAAGACUUCGUUGACAGCCCUGAGAAAUGGAAGUAUUCUCUCUCCAACGAGGAGGUAGCCGAGAUUGGGGCGGCGGCUGACCGUUACAUUGAGUCUGGUCAACAACUGACUGCCAUGUCCAAGAACCUAUUCGAGUUGCCAACUUUGGCGUCUCGCAUGAAGACCCUCAAAGCACAGCUCCUAGAUGGCCAGGGGUUCUGGCUGUUCAAGAACAUACCAGUGCAGGAAUGGGGGCUGCAAAAGUGUGCAACAGCGUACAUGGGCCUUGGCGCUCACCUCGGUUACUUUGUUAGCCAGAACGGUCGGGGCCAUGUUCUGGGGCAUGUCAAGGACCUCGGUGAGGACCCAACCAAGACUGAUAGGGUGCGCAUCUACCGGACCAACGCCAGACAAUACUUUCACACAGACGCUGCCGAUCUCGUCGGACUGCUCUGCAUUGCCCGUUCAAUGGAAGGGGGCGAAAGCGACAUAGUGUCUCAACACCGAGUCUGGAACGUCUUGCAGAGAGAAUAUCCCGAGGUUGCCAGGUUAUUCACCCAGCCCAUAUGGUAUCUCGACCGUAAGGGUGAGAUGUCCGAGGGACAGGAGCCCUGGAUCCGCGCGAGCGUGUUCUACCUCGACGAUGAAGGGCAACUGUAUGGCAAGUUCGACCCUAACAACGUCACUUCACUCGCAAGGUACAACAGCGGGCCCGACGCCAAGAUCCCGCCACUGAGCGAGGAGCAGAAAACGGCCAUUGAUGUGCUGGAAAAAGUAUGCAAGCGGGAGAGCCUCCAUAUGAUCCUGCAACCGGGCGACAUCCAGUGGUUGAGCAACCAGCACGUAUUCCAUGCAAGGACAGCAUACACCAACUGGCCAGAAGGAUCCGUGGACGAGCAAGGCAGGCCGAGGCCUGCGAGACAUUUGAUGAGGCUGUGGUUGUCGGUGCCGACCAGUGAAGGUGGAUGGAAGUUGCCGUACCCAGAUUCGCACAGGAAGAAACGAGGUGGAAUCCAGGUCGACGACACGGCGCCGAUUUGUCCAUUGGAUGCAGAAUGA